AUGGGAAAUAGUUUAGGGGGUAAGAAGACUGCAAAAGUGAUGAAAAUUGAUGGCCAAACGAUCAAAUUCAAGACUCCAGUACGUGCCGUGGAUAUAGUAAAGGACCAUCCAGGGUACGUUUUGUUAGAAUCCGAGGCAGUGAAACAUUAUGGGAUUCGAGCAAAACCCUUAGAGCCACAGCAAGAGCUUAAGCCAAAAAGGCUCUAUUUUCUAGUAGAAUUGCCCAAGUUUCCUCAAGAGAAAAACCCGAGACGAGUUAGGUCAGGCAUUCAAAUGAGUGCCAAGGACCGGCUAGAGAGCCUCAUGUUGGCGAGGAGGUCUGUCUCGGAUCUCUCAAUAAUGAAACCACCGAGCAUUGCGGUCGACGAGGCGGCCGAGGUUCAAGAAAAGUCACAAAAUGGCGGUGCAGUGAGGUUGAAGUUGAGGCUUCCCAAGGCGGAGUUGGAGAAGUUGAUGAUGGAUAGCAAGGAUGAGUCAGAGGUGGCAGAGAAAAUCGCCAACCUUUAUAUGGCCAACACCGACGCCACCACCGACUUUGUUGGCACCGUGGAACCCAACAAGGUUCAACAUGUGCACUGGAAGCCUGAUCAUGGCAUCAUGAAAAGUGGUCUCAAAUCUCGCGAGAAGCGCGUCGGUUUCUCGCCAAUAAUGGAAGGAGAGAUCCAACUUGCCAUGGCUUCUUAG